AUAUUUUCACUGACAGCAGAACUAUGUACAAACAAUAUAAGGUAGUGAUAGUUAACUUUAUAUAUUUGCCUCACAAAUAUAAGCUUUCUCAAGACCUCCGGGUUCGUCGAGUUUGCAGCAGAGCACCUGCCUUUUCUACGAAAUCUCUGCAGAACGGGACCAAAGGUGUGACAAGAUUAGAAGAUUAUGUUGGAAAAUACUUGGUCGCCAUAUUUUAUCCUUCGAACUUGUAGGUGUUUUUAAAAGAAUUACUGCCAACAAUUACAGACAUGUUUUCCUUUAUUUUGAGGAAACUUUGGGUAAAUUUGAGGGUUUUCGCUAAAGUUGUAAAAAUAUGGUAGCUUUCACCAAGGUUUCUGGAACGUUUUGGGAAAAACCGUAAAAUGUUAUAAGAUCUUGCGGAAAUGUUUGAAAAAACUCAAUAUUUCUCCAAACACUUUGAGGAUUGACCACAGACCUGGGGAAAUUUCGAGGUUUUUACACCAUCUUUUCAAAAGACCUCCAAAUUUCUUUACUUUGGCUUCUUCGAAAUUUACUCUAAACAGGCAAAAUGUCCUUCAAAAUAGGGAGAUUGGGAUGUCACCAAUUUCUGUACAAUAAUAUGUAUAUAUAUUUAGGGUAUACGAGAUAAUUAGGCAAUAUUUUUUAUUUAGUCAGCAUGACACUACUUUAGGGUUUGAAAUAAGAUAAGGGGAGGAGACUUGAUUGUUUUUAUGUUCGCCAUAGAAUGGAUUGGAACGUCUUAUCACUCAAAUUAUUCACUCGUUGAACUCACCCAAGUGUAUUAACUUUCGCGUUGAGACACAGUGAAGCAGACCGAUGCAGAAUCUGAGGUGAGGUAUCAAGCUGAUGGAGAAUAUAAUCGGAAACACUUAUUCAUCAAUGGACUUGAAGACUUUGAGAAGUGCCCACAGCGCUAGAAAACGUUUAUUAGUCACUGCUUUAGAACUUUCACUAGUUUCUAAUUUAUGGCUUAUCAUUACUGAUUAUUACGGGUCUUUAGCCUUACAGUAUUCAAAAAAAGACACAGUACAUGAAACAAGACUCCGUGGUCGGGCAACGUCUGAGAAUUCAGCCUAGAAACUUCCAUCACAUCGGUAUUUUUACUAGGGUUUUACUUUCGUCUUAACAAGCUCUCCGCAUGUCUUCUUAUUAUUUACUAAGUUGACUUCUAUCGGUUUACUCGAAAUUCGCUUUUCAAUAAUUCUUGAAAAACCUCCUGCACUGAGCAACUGAAUGUUAUAGCAAAUCAUGUUUCAUUAGAUUGGCUUUAGAACAUGAUAUUGGAGUUUACUGAGAGACUCUAAUAUACGGUAUUGCAGUGAUUACUUCUAGGUUUAAAAAAAAGAAUGCAGAUUCGGAUAAAUCAUCAUUUCUUCUCGAGAAAAAGUGUUUGCAGAAAUUAAAUUGUUUUAUUUGAAGGGCUUGAAAAGACAUAGAAAGCGUAAAAUUUCUAGCAAAACGCAAAGUAUCACCGGUGAUUGUUUGUUUAUCUACAGCUUCAACCUAACUGAUAAAUAUUUAUAUUUUUGAAGACAAUAUUAAACCCGUUUACAAUUUUAUAAGCUAAGCCAUAUUAAUUCUUUAAAUUCUCAAGUUUACACCAAAGAGCAUAUAUUUACUGAAUGACCAAAAAUCGGCUGAAACCAGAAAGCUAUAUUCGAAGUUUUCCAAACUAAGUAAUUAAGGGAACUACAUAAUGGUCCGGUCAAAAUCAAUCAACAGAAAAUGGAAAGAACAAUUUGUGUAUGCGUUAAUAAUCAGAGCAAACAAGAAAACAAAAAAAUGGGUAGGGGAGAUAUCGAUCCAGCCAUUCCAUUUGGUACAUUUUAAAUCGAAUGUAUAGUAAGAACUGACAACUCAAAAAAAGUUUUGGAGUUGAACUGAACAAGUGAACAGAUAUUUUAUCUAUUAUAUAAAGGUUAAAGGCAGAGUACAGGACGUAUGACCGUUUUUUUGACGGAACAUGAAUGAUAUUAUUUAGUAUAACAACUCAACUUAAAUUGCUUUCAUAAGAAGCAAAAUAUGGUAAGAAAAUAAUUAGGGUAAUUGUUGCUAUCAUUCCAAAUUCAACUAAUUUCUACAGAUAAUUAACCCAAAUAAUAAUCGUCUCUUUACUAAUUAUUAGCUCUAAGAUUAACUCUAAAGAAGAGUCCAAACUGGUGGAGUCCAACCACGUAAAAGGUAGACAGUGAAGUAACAAUGUAUUUUGGAUGCCUUGUGCUCCAUACGGAGAAUCAUUUGAUUUCUGGAGUAUAGUCCACUGAAUUCCAACUGAUGUAAAUCGACUAUCUCACUAAAAAACAUAAAAUAUGAGUUAGCCACUUUAAUUACGAUGUUUUGAGCUUAGUCGACAAGAUUAGAUCAGGAUUAAGUACUAGACUACAUAAACUUGAGUAUUAACCUAUGAUUAAAUGCAUUCACUUCAUAUUUUUCUAGAUAAAAAAACGAGGCGAUUUAUAAUUAUUAUACUGAAUAUAAACGUAUGUAAACGAUUAUAAUGUUAGCCUUGAUGCUCCUUCAGUUACUGUGAGAGAAUUCUACUGUUUUUGUUCUAUGUAAAAGCGAUAGAUCACUAUCCUCAAUUUUACGAAAAGCAACUACGAAUAAGAACUUUCAUUAUACUUGCUAUGCUAAUAGCUAGGUUAAUACGCAAAUAUCAAAAUAUAUUUGUCCAUUGCUUAGUGAAGAGUAAUAAAAGCAUUGAGUGCACGAUCAGUCUUUCUGUUUACGAAAAUUUCAUUUAAACUUCUUGGUAGGUUAAUAAUAAUUUGAAACAGGUAUCUCGGUGUCGACGUAAGCCAUGCAGAAACUAACGCUCGUCUGAUUAAUAAUGUUGAUUGAGGUUAAAAUGUCACAUAUACUUUGUUUUGGUGUUAGGUGUUGUAUGACAUUUAAAAAGAAGCCCUAGGCAUAGUUUUGACAAAGCUAGCCUACAAUAUCGUGAGAAAUGAUUCUGUUCUUGAGAUUCAAACCACGUGCCCCCAGUAGCAAUAGUUCUCUUCACGUUUCAGACAUCUUGCUGAAGGAUGAUAACCAGUACGUGACUUGUACUCAGGGUUUUUUCUAACUAUAUUAAAUCACUAAAUAACUAAAUAUUGUUACAUUAUAGUGUUGUUUGUGCAACUGCCUUCAUUCUUUGUAGAGCAUAGUUAAUUUAUCAGUCCUUCUCAUACUAAAUUAUUUAUAGCCUAGAACUAUCAUCACAGGAGCUAUUAAACUUCAACAGUUAUUUGUCAAACUUUCAAGAAAUCAAUUGUGAAAUUUUAGCAAUCUCUCCGGAUUCCCUAGAAUCUCAUAUCGCAUGGUAUUGCGCGCCAAUUCAGAAGAAUGGACUUGGUGAAAAUGUCCACUUUCCGUUACUAGAAGAUAAAAAUAUGAGAAUCUGCAGAGCAUAUGGAGUUUCUAAUGAGGAUAAUGGAAGUGCUUUAAUGAGCAUUUUCGUAAUCGAUACAAACGGACUGAUACGCAUUACCGUAUGUUUAGAUAAAGGAAUACACGUUUCUGUAAAGGAUAUACUGCGAAUGGUGAGAGAUUUACAAAUGAAAGAUAAGGAAGAUGAAUUGGAUAUUUUAAGACAUUCGGAAACACCAUUAACAACGACGCCACUUGAUUAGUUAGGAAAAGUGAUUAGAAGUGUUAUGUGUUAUUUUACAUCUGGUUAGUUUUCAGAUGUCAAUGAUUUUUGUCUCCGUGAGACAAUCCCUUCUGUUGAACCCCAUGUAAAUUCAUGUUUAUUGUACAAUUUCUAACUUGCUUCUUUUCAGUUCUACCGUUACUUUUAAACCUUGAUAUGUUAUGAUUUAUUCUGUCAUUGCUUCGAUUUGUUUGUUUGUAUCUACUUUCCGAUGAUAUUGCGAAACAUAUUUAUAGUUUUAUCCAAUUGGAUAAUACUCCUUAUACUUAUGAUAUGAUAUAUACAAUUUCAGCUUAGGAAAUAUAACGAUGCAUAUUUUCGAU